CUAGCUGAGCACCUCGGCUAGUUCCUCAGCUGUAGUGGCUGAAUCCCAAAUGGCUUCCUCCUCCCUUCAAAGAGCACUACACAGGGAGCGAUGCGGUACAGUGGCGAAUUCACCCUGUGUAGUUCACUAUAUAGUGAAAGAGGAGAUGUUUGGGACUCUGUGUAUGAUGCAGAUAAAUGGCUAAAAGGUGUAUAAUGUAAGAUUUCGAAAUCCAUGUGGAUACAGUUAAAUAUUUGAUUCUUCACUAGACAUACAUAUGUUGUUUACAAGUUGUGUCAUCACAGGAAAAAUUAUUUUACCUUUAUUUUAAAAUAAAGGAAUACUGUAAUACCAUACCAGAAAUACCAAGAAAUACAUUCUAAUUAGCCUUUUAAAGGGUAAAGAAUGCGUGCAAAACUGAAGAUGGGACAGUAAAUUAACCUGACAUUUUAUUCAUAUGACUAAGCUCAUUAUAAAAUUUAAAUAAAUGAUAUAAAAUGUGAUAUAAAAGGUAUUCUGGGCUGAACAGCAUUAACAUACUUAUUGCAUUAUUUUAUAGCAAAGAAGCCCAACACUAAAACAUAAAGAGUGAGUGGUGGAGCAUUAUGGUUUUGGGUUUUUUGUGAAUUUCUUGCUAGCUGGCUCAAGAACACGUGGUUAAAUGUGUGUAGGAUUUAUCUGGCAUUAUCAUCAUAGCCAGUAGAUUAGAUUUUAGAAUUGAUCCAGACAGGGUCAAGGUCACAUUGAGGUUAAAUGUCUGAAAUAAUUUCCCCUCUGUAGCGUCCUUCUUGUUUAAGGUAUAUUUUAAGGGUAUUUUAGGCAAUUUAGUAACAAGAAAGACUAGACUUGUUGGCAGCGGAGGAAUCCCUGUCUCAAGCCUGCUUUAUGCUAGGGCUGAAUGAUUUGGAUCAAAUAUCUAAUUGUGAUUUUUCUAAGCAAUAUUGCGAUUGCGAUUAGAAUUGCGAUUAUUUUCUAUGAAUUACGUUCCAGGCCUGUAUUAGUGGUUAACAUAUCUGCAAGACAUAAUUACAAUCUCAUUUCUCCAUGAAAAGAUCCUCAGUUGACAUACAGUUGCUACUAAAACAACUGCUGAAGUGCCGUAUUGUUGUAAAAGUAGUGUCCUGAUCAAAGAAAAUUCUAAUCAUGAGAGAAGCAUUCAUUUAUCACUUAUUAAUUGGUUAAAUUUACAUUUCUUUAAUUAUUGGAAUAAUUACAAAAUACAUUGACAUGUGAGGUGUUGUUUCUUUUGGGUACCAGUAUGUCCACUUCAUCUUGGCCCUUACUCACUUGCUCAGAUGAAGCGCUCUUCUUUUUGCCUUCAUUGCUUGUUUGCCUAAUAGUUGUGCUUUAUUGUUAUGCACAGCACAUGUGAUGAUUGCCAGCUUCUAAUUGGUCAUCUACAGGCAGUUCAUGCACACUUGUUUUAUUGGCCAUGAUUUUCCCUUGUAAAACUUAAGAGGACACUCAUUAUUAAUAAUUUGAUUUGGAGAAUCCCUAGAUAAUUACAGCACUCACACCACUACAUUUGCAUCUGUACUCAUUUAUACAACUGAGCAGUUGAGGGUUAAGGGCCCAACAGUGGCAGCUUGGCAGUGCUGGGAUUUGAACUCACAACCUUCCGAUCAAUGGCCUACCACUACUACCUCUAAUGUGCACCAGUCUCAUGGAGGAAUGUCAGCCUGAAAGGGCAGGUCCUUUAGGAACAAGUUCAUCCUCUUAUAUCUGGAAUAGAACAGAAGCUGCUGGCCUUUUCUGAACAUGAAAAUCCAUUGAGUUCUGAUGUCCUGAUCGAUGGGGUCUACUGUUUAGUGCCUCUGCCCAUUAAUCUGAACAAACUAAAAUGAAACAUAUCUGUACUUUGUGGUUUCUUUUAUAGUGCUACAUGUGUGUAUUAGCGCCAGCAUCCUGCAGGACACAACUGAAAAUUCGAGUUCGUUCUGAGGAAGUGACCCAACAGGGCUCAGUAGCCAUACUGCAUUCCAGACAAAAAUAGAGGGUCUCACAAUAAGAGCUUAUAAUGGAAUCAGCAGAGAUUCGACCAUGCUUUUGCACAAAACUUCCACACACUCCUGCUGGCUCACAGACAGAAACUUGUAUGGCUUCAGGUGGCAGGACAUCAAACACUCCAGAACACAUCACACCUGUGGACCAUCAGAAACACAUAAAAAAGGAAGAACCUGAAGAUGAAGACUACCUGUGUACGUCAGAAAGGCACAUUACAGGUGAAGCAACAUCAGCCUCUGUGGGACAUGUCACACCUGUGGGCCAGCAGAAACAUGUAAAAAUGGAAGAACCUGAAGAUGAAGACUAUCUCUACAUAAAUGACGCCCAGUUUCAAGUCUUCUCCUGCUCCUGGUGUCCACCUUCCUAUAGAUCUCAAAAUUACCUCCACAAACACAUCAGAAGAUGCCACUAUGAGGAAUAUGAGGGAGAGAUAAAAUAUGAUAAUCUUAUGACCACAAGAAGCUCCAGUAGUCAGCAAACUAUCUCUGGCACUGUCAGAAGUAACACCUCUGAUUUGCGAAUGGAGAAAGAAAUCUAUCCCUGCUCACAGUGUGGGAAGAGUUUUACUGACCGAAGUAAUCUCAGACGACACCGAUAUAUUCACACAGGAGUGAAGCCGUAUCACUGCUCACAGUGUGAGAAGAGUUUUAUUCGAAAAUAUGAUCUCCAAACACAUCAGCGUAUUCAUACUGGAGAGAAACCAUAUCACUGCUCAAAGUGUGGGAAGAGUUUUACUCGAAAUUGUGAUCUCCAAAUACACCAGCGCAUUCACACAGGAGAAAAACCAUAUCAGUGCUCAGAGUGUGGCAAGAGCUUUAAUCAACAGAGCCAUCUCCAGACACACUUGCACAUUCAUACAGGAGAGAAACCGUAUCACUGCUCAGAGUGUGGGAAGAGCUUUAUUCGACGGAAUGAUCUUCAAAUACACCAGCACAUUCACACAGGAGAAAAACCGUAUCACUGCUCAGAGUGUGGGAAGAGUUUUAUUCGACAGGGUGAGCUCCAAAUACACCAGCGCAUUCACACAGGAGAAAAACCGUAUCGCUGCAUACAAUGUGGGAAGACUUUUUCCCAACAUAGUAAUCUUCAGCGACACCACCGUGUUCAUACAGGAGAGAGGCCAUAUCACUGCUCACAGUGUGGGAAGAGUUUUGCCCAACAUGGGAAGCUCCAACAACAUCAGCGCAUCCACAAUAGGGAAAAACUACAUCGCUGCUCGGAGUGUGGGAAGAGUUUUAACAAACAGAAAAAUCUCGAACAACACCAGUGCAUUCACGUAGCAUAGAAACUGAUUUGAUAUUCAUAGUGUGGAUUUACUUAUACAGGUGCAUUUAACAUCCAGAAGUGUUCCAAGAUUAAGACAUCGGUGUAUUAAUUUGAGAACACAGAAUAAGCUGACCUGCUAAUAGCUAUCAUGAUUUCCUUAAAAUAUGUAGAUAAAUGUAUUUAUUGUGUAUGUACAGUAUAUUAGUACAUUAUGUAUUUGCAUAGUAACAAACCUGUGUUUGUUAGACACAAACCUUGCCUUGUCAGGGUGCUCUCAAUUUUUUGCAAGCAGUGUAAGGAAUAUAAGGAAUUACAGGGAAAACUAGGUUUUGAUCUGAAUGGGUUUCCCUUCUCUCAUGCCAUAAGGCUGAGCAGCUGUAACUCCAAAUGACCAAGUCAGCAUAGCUACCAAGAAAGAUACUCAUGUCUGACACCACCUGUACACUUAUGCCAGUAAGUAUUAAAAUCAUAAUAUGGGAACAGGAGAACAAUAAUUCCAUCCUGAUGCCCUACUUCUGCUUAGAGUUUUCAUCACUCACUGCUGCCAAGGAUGGAUUGACAUGGACAGCCCAGUCCCUCCAGGAUUUUGCGAUUUUGCAAUCACAAAAAUUUAUGCAAAAUCAAGCAAAUUCUGCAAUAUUCGGAGGAGCUUGCAAUUUUACUGCAAAAUUACUGCAAAUUUGGGCCAAGACGUGUCAUGUGACAUCAUCACAACACACAUUCAGCCAAAGUACAGCUAAAAUGUCUCAUUUACCAACAAACCUCGCUGAGAUAGACUGUGCAAAACAAUUUCGUGCAGUUACAAUUUCGCCAAUUCAAGUAGUUUUCCACAAGAAAAGCACAAAUCGCAGUUUUUGGAAAAACAAAAUCAAGCAUUUUUGGUCACAACAAUCACAAAAUAACUGUGAAAUCCUGUAUGGACUGACAGCCUAUAGAUCACCAUGGAAUUACUGUGGAUAGUCCUACAUAAAAACCCGUAAAGAUGGCUGUGGAUUUUCUUCCUUAGGACUGCAAUUGUUAACAAUAUUUUGCACUCCAGUUUUCAUCAUUGAACAGUAAAUAACUUUCACUUUGUUACAGUAGACUUGAAGGUAAAACUAUAAUGAUUUCAGAAACUAGAGUGAUGCUCAUACUAAAGUUCCUCUUAAAACAAUUAGUACUUUUUUGAAUAUGUAAAAUACAAAUAUAGAAAAUAAUUUAUUUAUAAUAACACUGUCCGGUGACACCCAGAUGAAGAUGGGUUCCCUUUUGAGUCUCUUUCCUCAAGUUUCUUCCUCAUAUCGUCUCAAGGAGUAUUUCCUCACCACCAUCACCUCUGGCUUGCUCAAUACGGAUAAAUUUAUACAUUUCAAAUUUAUAUCUGGAUUUUUGUAAAGCUUCUUGUGACAAUGUCCAUUGUUAAAAGUGCUAUAUAAAUAAAAUUGAUUUGACAAUAAUGAUGCUCUGGGUUCAGCCUGUCUCUACUGAUUUUGUUGUG